AUGGAGCCUUCUCUCUCAACACUUCCUCUUUUUGAUGCUGAAGAACUAACGUGGUAUGUCAAAUAUUUUCAGAGUGAUAUUAAGAAAUCUCUCUGUUUAUGUAAUGAGAUUACAAAAAUUAUUAAUCCAGAAAAAGAGUCAAGUCAUCAGGAGUAUAUGACAUUUAUUUUUCCAGAAGGUUUUCAAGGGAGUAUUGUUUUAAAUGGGACUGAAUGUGCAGGAUCAAGAAUAACAGUUGAUUGUAAAGAAUGGACUUCUAAACAAGAAAGUUUCGAUGUUGUAGAUUGUCCUCUUCGACAGUUAUAUAAAAUUCUUCAAUACCUUGGGACUAUUGAGUCUAAUUUAAAAGGACUUGAAACUAUGAAUUUUGACAUAAUAAAAAACAGUUGUGAUAAUAUCUGCACAGCAAUUGAAUUGGCUAUCCAAUCACUCCUUCAUCCUCCUUCAUUACUCUUUCCUGAUACCCCAACUCAUACUUUUUUUCAAUUCCCUCAUCCUCAUAUGACAGCAGAAAUAUAUGUACAACAAGCAGAAAUUAUCCUCCAUCUUUUUCUCCUUGAUUCAGUAGAUUCUGACCAUCCAUCAGAAGCAUUGGCAGAUGGUAUAGUAUUAGAAAAUACAAAAAUUACUCAAAGAAACAAAGUAUUGAAAGCUUAUUUACUUGAAUCAAAAUAUUAUUGGAUAAAAAAUGAAAUGGAAAUUCAUUUAGAAAGUGAACAUUUAAAACAUUUACUUUCAAUACUCACUUCUUUACAACAAAUAUGGAAUGUUCAUAGUCAUAAUAUUAAUCAGUUCAUAAAUUAA